UGGCCGACCCGCCGAUCGAGGACGACGACUUCGCCGCCGUUGUGGACAUCUUCGAGCCUACACUGCGGGAGUACGAGCCGUCCCGCGGGCUGGGCGACUGGAAAGAGAAUGCCGCCAUCACAUCGUUAUUGCUUGCGCCAUCGUCUCCGACGCGUCAGCUACUGACGGUGACCCCCGUUGCACGUGUGGCGGCACUCUCCGCCAACUGGAGGCAGCUGCGGCGUCUCGUGCUGAGGGGCUGCCGUGUCGUUUCUCGGGCCCUGCAGUCUACUCUACAUCUCUUGAGCGCUCCGCACUCCAGUGCGCUGCAGCGGCUUGGCAUGAGGGAUAAAUUCCUGGCUCACGGGGCACGUCGCCAUCUCUGUGACAUGCUGAAUGCGGGACGCACGUCGUUGGUGGAGCUGAACGUUGCGUUCAACCGCCUGUAG